AUGAAAAAAAGAUCAAAAGUUGGUGUUGAAAAUGAUGGGUUUGAUAGGCAAAUAGAUUGGGAGCUGAGGCCUGGUGGGAUGCUUGUCCAAAAGAGAGACAUUGGGGAUGCCUCUUCUGGGCCUAUGAUCAAGAUCAAGGUUUCUCAUGGGUCUUAUUACCGUGAUGUCAUUGUCCAUGCUCAAUCCACAUUUGGUGAUUUGAAAAGAGUUCUUGCCCAUGAGACUGGCUUGGAGCCAAAGGAGCAAAGGUUGUUGUUUAGAGGGAAGGAGAAGGAAGAUAAUGAAUGUCUGCACAUGGCAGGUGUAAAAGAUAUGUCUAAGAUUAUAUUACUAGAAGACCCAGCUAGCAAAGAGAAGAAGCUUGAAGAGAUGAAGAAAAAUCAAGGUGUAUUGAAAGCAUAUGAAGAGGUUGCCAAAGUUAGGGCAGAGGUUGACAAGCUCUCUCAAAAGAUUGUUGAUUUCGAGGCAACUCUGCUCAGUGGCACCAAGGUUUCAGAUAAGGAAAUUGGGGUCUUAACAGAGUUGCUCAUGGUGGAGUUGCUUAAAUUGGAUGCAAUUGCGGCUGAUGGAGAAGCGAAAGUACAGAGGCGGGUUGAGGUUCGUCGCGUGCAGAGCUUUGUCGACACACUCGACAAACUAAAGGCAAGAAACUCUAAUCCAUUCAGCAAUAAGAGCAGCAAUGCAGUCUCAGUCACUACAAAAUGGGAGAGGUUUGAGUUGGGGGUUGGAAGCCUAAAUGCCCCAACCCCAUUGCCAUCUUCUACCAAAAUAACUCAGGAUUGGGAAUUGUUUGACUAA